CCAGGGUUUUUAUUCUCAAUGUUCAUUUUUCUCUUUUUGUUUGUUUUUUCAUUUUUAAUAGUUAAUUGAAACUGUCUUAAGAAGCAAGUCUGCUGGUGACGAAGUAAUACAGGAAUACCAAGCAACAAACACCAUGAAGGAUGCCACAAGGCUACAAAUGGUUAAGAUACUUGUGGCUCACAUGAUUGAUAGUCAUGGGCACCUUCCCCCAAAAGCAAUCAGAGAGGAGUAUGCUUUGGGCAUUGUGAUGCUGUUCCCCUCCCUCAAGGAUCCAUAUGCAGACAAAGCCUAUGAGCACUUCUAUGAUGCAGCAAGUGGUACAGGAUACAUUUCUUGGCGUCUGAAAACUGCCCAAAGAAAAAUUUGUCAUGGAUCUCCAGCACCACCUAAUAGGUUGACAGACAGUUCUUCAGGUGGCCCAAAUCUCCAAAGGACUGUGAAUGUUAUACACCAGCUUGAUGGGGAUGGUUGCAAGGAGGCCAUGUCUUUGCUCAAACAUACUACAGACAACUCUGUGAAUUUCCAGAAGAUGAAAGAGACCUUUCAGCACCGUCAGAGGCUUGUUAAUGACCCAAGCAGAAGCUUCCUAGAUACAAAAGGACCGGUGGAGCAAGACUUCACUCUCCUGUUCGAUGACAACACAUCAUCCAGGUUGCUUCAGAAAUGGAAUACAUUCUUCAGGCCAAAUGCCAUAAAAGAGGCUAAGAAGCUCACUUCAACACCAGAGUUUCUUCACUUGGUGCAGUCAUCAGAAGGUCACCCAGAAAAUCAUCAAGAUGAUUCUACAACCUUUGAAAAAGAAAUGACAUCGCUGUUGCUGUUACAUUUCCUUCCACCACCACCAGGAUUUCAAAGGUCUCCAAAAAUCAGCGCAAGUGAUGCAAGUCAGAGACUUGUAGUGUUUCAUAAGUUUCCUUAUGUCAACCCCAGUCAUGCUGCAGUCUGGAAGAGCAUCUCUGCAAUCAACAAGGUCGGCAACCAAACCUCCUCGCUGUCAGGCAUCAGAAGAGCAAGACUGACACCUUCUACAUCACCAUGGAUAAGCAUCUCAUUCCAUGCCAGGGGAGCCACUCACUUGGGGCAUUUGAUGAACUUUUCAAAGCACAUUUUUGGGUUUAAUUUGUCCCAAGAUAAUAUAAAACUGAACUUGUUAUUUGCAGUGCAGUGGAAGAAGACAUGUCUGUCUUUUGCCAAACAAGUGAUUUACUUUUGGUUGAAGAUGACAUUUUUUUAUGGGAAACAAGUUGUUUAUAGAGUGUUUUGAUAACCAUCUGCAUUCAGAGUUGUACAUACUGAGGAGAGAUGCAUAGUGAAAAUGUCAGAUCUAAAGUUUUAUAAACCUUUUUAUAUGCAAAGGUCAUACAAUGUUUCAGAUUGGACAGUGUACAUUGUACCCUCUUAACAAUU